UAUCCUGUAACAUCCACUUCCCCCUUUAUCCCGGACACAGUGGUUAGGUAGAUCGACCGUUCGCUGGCCCCUAACCCUGCUUGUUCCCCGGUUGCCUGGAUAAUCGAUUGAAGAAAAAGUUCUCGCCACCCCCCCUUCGCACCUCGCGGAACACACCGAGUUCGACCAUGAGCAGCAACGCCUCCCCCAGUCCGGCGACCUGCCAGGAGACCUUCGAACAGGGCGUCGCCCUCGCUCUGCACCUGUGGCCAGCCCUGACGCUCGCGGUGCAGAACAACUGGGGCGGGCCCGACUCGUCCGACAAGCGCGACUGGUUCGCGGGCGUCAUUGUCGAGCUCUUCCCGGACGUCUCCAAGCUCACGCCCUCCCAACUGCAGCAGAGGAUACAAUGGCAGCAACACAAGCUGCCACCACCACCACCGCCGCAACAACAACAACAGACAUUAGCUCAGAAUGGGGCGGGCAGCGGGGCGAACGAGGAGCCGGACCAGGAGGACGUUGAGGAGAGGCUCUUGCAGGUCAUGUUGGAUGAGUUCGAAGUUAAUGUCGACGACGAAUCUGCAUGGGACAUAGCGGGGCAGGUGGUGCAACUGAGGGCCGAAUGUUUGCGGGGCAAGUUUGAGGGGGUGGAGGCGUUGAGAAAGAGGUGGGAGGGUAGGAAGGGAAGCAAAGUUGUUAUCGCGCAGGCGGAGGACCAGGAUGGCGAGACGGACUGGGAUACGGAUGACGACGAGGAAGGGGGUGAAGAGGGUGACGUCGAGAUGGAUGAGGCGCCCGCACUGGCGGAGGCGCCUGCGAGGAAGCAAAGGGAGGAGCCUGAGGUGGACGAAGAUGGGUUCACCAAGGUUACGAGGAAGAAGAGGUAGACAUAUGAGGAAACCAGCGGCAAGGGAUGAGGCCUGCGC